AGUAACCCUGCACCAAAUACUAUUGGCAAUAAACAAGAAAACUUGGGCUACAUAACAGAAAUCUGCUCAAACACACAUGUGCAAAACUUCCUCUUAACGAAAUCUCUAUAGCUAAUCUCCGCUAUCUGUAUAAGCGCACAGGACAUCGAUUCUUUGCCAAAUAGCAUAUAAAAAUAGACCAGGAUUUAUGAAAUCCAGUACAGUUGGCGUUCUUAUUCUCUCUCAUUCUCUAUAAAUUUCGACAAAUUUUCAGACUUCCAAAAGCAAUUCAUUCAAAGGCGACGAGGUCGAGAACAAGGGUAUUUUUUUGGUGUGCGGAAGACUGGAAUGGUAUUAUUUUAAUAAUUAAUGUUAUUUAUAAAAUUCGGGGUCAGUCUAUUCUUUAAUUGUUAAGAUAUACUGGGACUGUUUCCCAAUUUUUGGUAAUUUUCCAUGUUACUAACUGUUUAAACGUGAGGAUUUUUCUGGGAUUUAGGAUUAUUUUGUUGUUAUUGGAUGGUUUGCGUCUAGGGUUUGAUUAUCUCCGCUUUUUACAUAAUACAAAUGGACACGAGUGUUUAUUGAAGGAUUGCGUUGUCUUGGAAAGAUUUAUGCAUGGAGUAUUGUAAUUUACGGCUGGUUAUUGAAUUUUUUCGACACUGAAACACAAGACCGUUCUUGGCGCGUUUUUUCUUGGUCAGUGAGGCCGUGAGAAGCCCUUGUUGAUUUUGUUUCCGGGAAUUGAAAACGGCAGAAGUUUGGAUUCUGAAUAAAUUGAGCAGCUUUUUUUUCUCAGUAGCUAGACCGUGUUUGUAAAUUGUACAAAGAGAGAGAAAAAGAAACAAAACAACAGUUCCCUCUAUAUAUAGAAUAAUUCAGAUUCUUUUAUUCGUAAGUGGGCUUUUCUGGAGGAAUGUAUUUGGGGUUCUAUGGAUUCAGUUAAUGCAACACUAACCACUGAGUUAUAAAACAGCGCAGUAAGGGCUUUGACCUAAAGGAUAAAGGGUUUAGUGCAUAGGAAAUUUCAGAUUAGGAUGAAAUUUUGGAUUCACUUUUUUAAAAAAAGCAUUCAAUUUUGUCCGGGAGGGGAGACGUGUCAGUUAUCACUUGGCAUAGUGCUGUGGAUACAUGGUCAUUAAGUAGAAGAAGACAAGUAGAUUAUCUUUUCCAUUAUUCUUUGUAUUCUAUAAUGUUUGGCAUCAGUUAUGGAAAGAAGUGAACCCACAUUAGUACCAGAAUGGCUGAAAAACUGUGGAAGUCUGGCUGGUGGUGGCACGGCAUCACAUUCAGAUGAUCAUACUGCAUCAAAAUUAGCAAGAAAUAAGUCAUUUGUGGAAAGCAAUGGUCAUGAUUUAGGUUGGCCAUCUGGUAUGGACAGUACUACAUCUUUCCGUCGGAGUUCCGGUAGUAACGGUUCUGGUCACUUGAGGUCCUAUGGUAGUUUCACUAGGAAUCACCACGAUAGGGAAUGGGAGGACACAUAUGGUUCUCAUGAUAAAGAAAAGUCUGUUUUGGGGGACCGUAGACACCAUUACAUUUCAGAUCCAUUGGGGGGCAACAUUUGGUCUAGUAAAUUUGAGCAAGAGAGUUUGAGGCACUCACAGCCGAUUUCCAGGAAACGUGGGGAGUUAUGGCCAAAGAAAGUUGCAACUAGUUUGAGCAAUACCGGCGGAAACAACAGCAAAGGUCAGCUUACUAAUGGCAGUCCUGUUCGCAGUUUCAACAAAUCCUCUUUUGAGAGGGAUUUUCCAUCAUUGGGAGCGGAAGAACGACCAGCUACACCAGAGGCUGGAAGGAUUCCGUCUCUUGGCUUGAGUACUGCUAUUCAGAACUUACCCAUUGGUAGCUCAGCCAUGAUAGGUGGCGAAAAAUGGACGUCUGCUUUGGCAGAAGUGCCCAUUUUAACUGGAAGACUAGCUACUCCUUCAAGUUCUGCCCCUAUGGCUUUGGGCACAACCAUUGGUCUUAAUAUGGCUGCAACUGUGGCUCAGGGUCCUGAUCGUGUUCAGAAUAUGCGUCAGUUGCCUGCUGGAACUCAGAGACUUGAAAAACUAGCGAAAAAACAAUCUAGGCAAUUGAUUCCGGUAACACCGUCCAUGCUGAAACCCUUGGUCUUGACUUCUUCAGAUAAACAAAAAACUAAGGGGGGUCAGCUACAUUUUCCGAUUUCACCUUCACUUUCUGCUAGUCAAUCUCCUCGGGGUGGGCUCGCGAAGUCUGAUGUUUCAAAGACAAGUAACGUGGGAAAGCUCCAUGUUCUCAAGCCAGUGCGAGAGCAGAAUGCUGUCUCUUCUGCUGCAAAGGAUGACCUGAGCUCAACGAGCAGUAGCAAAUUGGUAAAUUCCUCCCUUUCGAUAACUCCAUCAGCUUCGGCAGCUGUUCCCAUUAUGUUCCCACCAAACAACUCAAUCAUUCCUGCUGAGCACAGGCCUGUAUCGAUUGCGCUGGAGAAGAGACCCACUCCUCAAGCUCAAAGUCGAAAUGAUUUUUUCAAACUUAUGAGGAAGAAAUCCACCGCAAAUUCCUCUUCCAUUCCUGAUCAGUCUAUGGCAAACUCGUUGUCUGUUUCAGAUCAUGGUACUUCUGUGUCACCACCUGCUACAGAUAAGUAUGGUGAAUUAGAGGUCACUACUUUAAGUACUUGUAAUGCUGGUGAUGCGCCAUUGUGUGUAAGCCCGAGUGAGGGCCAUUUGUCUGACAAGAAUGGUGACCUCAUAUACAAUGACGAUGCUUGUGAGGGGCAGAAAUACGUCAGUAAUGGAAAGAAACAUCAAAGUUCUGAUCCUAUAAUUUCAGAGGAGGAGGCUGCAUUUUUGCGCUCCAUGGGCUGGGAGGAGAAUGCUGAUGAGGGUGGCCUUACUGAAGAGGAAAUCAGUGCUUUCUACAGGGAUGUAACUAAGCUCAUUAAUUCGAAGCCAUCGCUGAAAAUACCGCUAAAAGUACAGCCCAAGUUUUUGUUGCCGUUAGAAUCACAAAUUGGGAGCAUUGAUGGCAUUUCUUCUGGAUUGAGCUCAUCUGAAACUAAGCUGGAAUCUUGAUUUUCUGACUCGGUUAGCCUGGCAUGGAGUAUCUUUCCAUUAUCUUGUUACUAAGUUAUUUCAAUUGACACCAAGUUCUGUUAGCUUAGUAGGACGUUGAAAGAGGGGGGAGGUUGGUUUUAUUUUUUUACUGUUGAAUGAAAGAGGGGAUAGAAAUAAGUACCAAUGAUCUAGUCCCAAUUAUGUCUUCUGAUUACCGUUGCCUGCUGAACAGGGUCUAGAGUUUUCUGAAGUUCAAAAGUUUGAGCAUCAUUCUGCUCAAAGACGUCACUUAUAUGUGAAUGUCUGGGUUUUGAAUAGGGGGAUCUGUCAAGCAGCCAAUUAUGGUUUUGAAAAGUCUAUGAAAGUGAGAAAAUUAAAAAUUUAUUAUAUUUUGCUUUUGUUCUUA